CUACAAAUCCGGCCAAUUCCUGAGGAUAGCGGGAGCUUGUGGUUGACGAUGGCUCCAGCAAGCGAUUCAAAGGAAGACCGCUCCAUUUUGUCGGAAAGAAUCGGCAAUUCAUCGCAGAUUGGCGCGACUCGUGGUGCAAUUCAGACCCCACGUUCGAUAGCCCGACCGGUUUCGAAAAAUCACUCACCGGCCAAAUAUGUUAAAGUUGGUCUAGUCGAGAUACAAAGUGGGAUCGACAUAGGCGUGAAGGAGAGCCGUUACUCCGUCAUCCUUCAGCCGUACAGCUGCUGCAUCAUCGUCUCCCCCUCUCUUCCAUUGCAGGCCCUUUGUGUUUGUGGUGCCUUGGGCGAUUCCUUCUGCGGAGGAGAGGGCUUCACAAUUUAG